UGGAAAGUCCAGUAAGCCAAGCACAAAUACAUACCUUCCUUCCAAGGGAGGCAUCCAAAGCACAAUCGCAAAAGCAAAGCACCACUUAUCUCUCCUAUACAAAACACAGACAAUUCUUUCCCUACCAGAAACAGGGAGAGCAAAAACAAGCAGAGAGAAAAGGAAAACAGAGUAAAACCCUUUCCUUUUUUGCCAUUUCUGUUGCAAAAAUGGAUGGCUGUCCAGCUACAAUAACACCUAAACCCCCACAAAUCUCUGAAAUGUUUCAAAAAUUUGCCUUGGCUUUCAAGACCAAAACUUUCGAGUUCUUCACUGAGGAUGACAACAACAACAACAACCAUGUUUCAGACUCUGACGGAUGUUCCCUCCUUGACUCCACCGAAGACUUCAUCACUGACCAAAGAGUCGUCGUCAUCAAGCCCGACCCACCUCCAAAUUAUUCUUCCUCGGUCAAUAACAAUUUCCAGAAUAGAACCAUCGAUACCCAGAUUGCCAAAUCUCUGGUUUCUUCUGUUUUUGCUGCUGUUUCUUGCUUUGAAGCUUCAUAUCUUCAGUUACAAGCUUCGCACGUGCCGUUCGUGGAGGAAAGUGUGAAAGCAGUUGAUAGAGCUUUGGUUUCUCAUCUCCAAAGAUUGUCUGAUUUGAAGCGUUUUUACAGGGAAUUUCGAAAGAAUCCUAGUUUUGAAGCUGCGUUGUCUCUUGGGUCUUGCUUGGAAGCUCAAGUUCAAGAAAAUCAAAGCAAGUUGAGAGCUUUGGAAACGGUUUCAAACCGUUUGCAAGAAGAGAUUGAUGAAAAAGACAAUGAAGUUUCAACUUUGAGGAAGAAAUUAGCUGAGACUCAAUGGGCUAACACUAAAUUAUCCAAAAAAUUGUCUGGUAAUUUGAUUUCAGCUUGUGAUAUUCUGUUAACCGUUAAGGUUUUUGAUUCUGUUUUGCAUGAUGCUUUCAGAGCAACCCAUAAGUUUAGUAAGAUUUUGAUUGAUUUGAUGAGAAAAGCUGGCUGGGAUCUUGAUUUGGUGGCGAAUUUGGUUUAUCCUGAUAUUGAUUAUUCUAAGAAAGGACACAAUAGAUUUGCUUUUUUGUCAUAUGUUUGCUUGGCGAUGUUUCACGGUUUUGAUUUUGAAGGGUUUGGUUUGAGUGAGAAUGAACGUCUGUGUAAUGGGAAUAAUGCUACUUGUUCAUUGAAGCAAUUACUUGAGCAUGUAUCUAGCAAUCCCAUGGAGUUGCUGAGAAGGAACCAAAAUUCUGAAUACUCAAGAUUUUGUGAGAAGAAGUAUCAGGACCUUAUUCAUCCCACCAUGGAGUCAUCGAUUUUUAGCAGUUUGGAUCAAAAUGAAGUUGUGCUGAAUUCGUGGCGGUCAUUGAGCAUAUUCUAUGAGUCAUUUGUUAGCAUGGCUAGUUCAAUAUGGACACUUCAUAAGUUGGCCUUUUCAUUUGAUCCUGUGGUUGAGAUGUUUCAAGUUGAAAGAGGAGUCGAUUUUUCAAUGGUAUUUAUGGAAGAUGUCACCAAGAGAUAUAACUUGCCUGGCAAAACUAGGCUGAAAGUGUGUUUCACAGUGGUUCCAGGAUUUAAAAUUGGAAGGACUGUGAUUCAGUCUCGGGUCUAUUUAAGUGGGUUGAAAUGUACAGGGUAGUUGCUCAAAUAUUGCCCCAUGUAGAGAACUAAGUUAUAACAAAUCUUCUCUUUAUAAAAAAA